CCAUUUACGGGCGUGAGUGACAUUACACCUCACUCUUUGUUUUGACUUAAAUGACAACAUAAAGGCUCGAGUCUGAUUUCCACGGGUUGGAGGCAAUCAAGUGCGCCCGCGUUGGGGUCGCGUAAAGUACCUAUUUUGACUAAUCAAUUUACAAAGAAGCGAUGAGUGUGGAUUUGCCGGAUUCGGCAUUGAAGACAAGGGAGGAAGGUAAUGGGAAAAUGUGUAACGGAAAAGAAUCUCCCCAAGCUUCUCUGCCUUCGGUCUACUCUGGAUCGACUAAGUACCGAGCAAUUAAAAACAUCGAGGACAAGCUGAUUCCUUAUAGAAAGAGCGGAGAUUUCAAGGUGAAGUUGCCUCCGAUCAAUGAGAAGCCCAAGACCUACGACGUGUCAACAAACCUAAGUAUUAGAGAUCUAAAGAGACAAAACGGUGACUUGCAGCUGCAGCUAAUCGUUUUCAAGACACAGUCCAAAGUGAUGAAAAAUGUCCUACAUCGCCACACGGUGGCAGUGAAGGAAUACCAACGAUUAGAAGGCAAUAUAUGUGAGAUACAAGAACAGCAUCUCAACGAGGUUAAGGUUUUGCGAAAAUUAAUUGGCAAGACGCGAACCAGCUGUGACAUGGUGGUGAGAAAACUACAGGCGGCAGAGAAGGAGUUGUUGGAGUCAAAAGACAAGAUCCUACAGCUCGAAUCGCAAAUCUUUCAUAAUUCCACCAUGUUGGAAAGGGAAGAGCUCAGCCAAAGGUUGGAAGAGGCAACCCAAGACCUGAAGGAGAAAAACAAACGCAUUUGGGACUUGGAGAGGAGUAACAAGUUGCUUCAAAGCACACUCCAUCGCCACAUAGCAGCAGAGCAAAGGAAGCUGUCUAAAACAAAUGAUGUGUUCUACUGCCUGCAAACACGGGUUUAUGAAUUAACCAAAGAAAUUCAAGAACGAAAGGAAGAACUUGCAAACCACAAUCUCCCUGCUCUCCGAUUCCAACAAUUGUUAAAGAAAAAAGAAACAUGUAACAAGAUGGUCCAGACUGAUGAAAUAUUCUAUACACCCAUUGAGGAUGACUUUUCAAUCAUGUCAGACUCUUUCAAGACUGAUGAUGAGCUGCAAAAGUGGCUGAGCUCAACGAGCACAGAUAAUGUACAACGGGGGUCUUUAGCAGUUAAAUACCUAAAGAAAAACAUGCCGCGUAAGGAACGUUUUACAGAUUUUGAGAAAAUUCCUUCUCACAAAAUGGCGGGAGACUGUAGUGAAAGAAAUGAGGUAACAGAUGCUUUACAUGAGUCUGGCCGAGAAGACCAGGGUGAGGAUAGGACACUCAAGCAAAAAUAUCCAGGCACCUGUAAAUUUGCUUACAAUAAUGUUACAAUGCCACUUCAACAAAAAGAAACCAAACUCGCCAAAAUUCGCAGUAAGUACGUUUUCACACCAGUGAUUACAAAUCUGCACUUGGGGAGACCAGCUCACAGUGGGUUGGACCAGAUGUCACUUGAUAGUCAGAGUCAUAGACAAGAACCAUCUUGGAAAUCAAUCAUCUUUGAAGAAGAUGACACAUCACUAUUUGACUCCCAAAUAACCCAACCUUAUCUGGGUACUUUUCCUUCGAUGCGUAUUGACAGUUUUGAGUCUACUGUGAGCUCACAUUCGUUGAGUUGAUAUUUCUGUCUUGACCAGUGUUACGUCAGUAAGAAAGGAAAGUCACUAUAGGCUCUCUUAAAUUUAGGUAGUUUUAUUAUUCAUUAAAUUUGUGAGCAUCCAAAUAAUUUUGACACUUAAUUAUGGUGCGCAAACCUUUGCAUGCCACUGUAUGCUUCAAUGGGAGAGAAAUGGGAACACAGUACCAUGGAAAAGUUUUGUAUGCCCAACUUUUUCAUACCACUGUAAAUCAUUUGCUCAUUAUAUUGUUUGUACAAAUGUGCUUCUAAAGUAGAAUAAAAAUUCAUACCAUUUUACAUUUUUUUGGCUUGAUAUCUGUGUCCUUAGAACCUGAAAGAAACAAAUUUCAACCAAGAUGGUGCCUGGCUCCGCAAUAUAAAUGACCAUUACAAACAAUAUUGAAGGCCAAUGACCUUUUGUCUGUACUGUACACCUGCGGUAAAAUCUUCUGACACGUCACAAUUUAGACUUA